UCUCCCCUUUCACGGAACACAGUUUCCUCCGCCGUUAGCGACAGUCGCGCGCGCGAAACUUCAUCACCUGCCAUAGCAGCGCAUCCAUUCUCGAACCCGAACCUCCGCACACGCCGCGCACGCUUCCGGAACACGUAGUUAACCUCUCUACGGAAGCGCGUACUACAACCCCCGUGGCGAUCUCUGUUAUCUGACCUUAGUUCCGAAAACUGUUAUGGCAGAGCAGAUCACCCACGAUGUGGUAAAGGAAGCACAGUCGAUGGGUGGCCCCUCGCCCAUCGACGAUAAUGCGACAUCUACCAGCACCCCCGCCGGCAACGGCAAAGCGCCUCCGGCAACCUCAAACGUCAACUCGAAACCCUCAGAAGCUUUACCUACCACGAGCACGAACGCGACAAAUAAGGAAGAGAGCAAGGGAGAUGUCUCGCAGCUAUCGGACAAGGCGGACUCUGCCCUAGGAACCUUGAAAGACCGACUUCUUAAUGGUGAUUCUGGCGAGUAUUCUGCGUCAGAAGAGGCCAACUCACAACUGGGACUUGGAGAUGUCAGCGGUGGUUCGGAUACUGAUAUCAGCCGACCCGGCAGUGUCGAUCCUACGAAGGAGCUCCUGGGAGGACAUUUGCGAUCGAAUUCCGUAAAGAAGCCUGCUUCUUUUAAAUCCGUUUCUGUCACCAAGAACUUUCUUGCGAAGUCCGCCGUUUCGAUCCCCGCCGCGCGACCUGGCGAGAAGCUAAUCGUUCCUGGACAAACCAAUGGCCCUGCACAACUCACUGCAAAACCUCGAUUGGUCGCUAAAUCAGGUAGUGGGAAUCUUACCUCUCGCUCGUCCCUAUCGAAUGCCAACGGAGGAGGCUCAGGUCCUGAUGCUAGCAAGGUAUGGAAUAAGAACCAGCCGGUACCUCCACCGCCGCCGAAGCAAUUCACGGACGAGGAACUCAAGCAGCAGUACGGGAUUCACAUGGCAACACGUCUGCAGGCUGAUGACAACGGAAAAGAGGCGAAGUGGGCAGACAUCGACGAUGAUGAGGACGAUUGGGCACCUGAGACCGUUCAGUGGAUGGAUGGAACUAAAUCUACGGUAGCAGCAGUGGAAGCGGAACCUGUACCGCCACCGCCUGAAGUACCCAAGGUCGUGGCGAAACCGGAACCUUCAACGGAUGCUACGAUCCCCGCACCCACAACCGCACAAGGCUCGCAAAGACCAAGCUCAACAAUGGGCAACAAGACGAUCUUGAAGCCUGGUGCACAUACUCAGACUGGGACAAAAUCUGGCCUCAUCCUCAAAGGACAACCUGAAAAACCUACGCUGGUUGCUAAACCCUCCGCGCCCACUCCUAUAAAGUCACCAUGGGCUACUCUUCCACCUGUAGAAAAGGUACCCCCGGUACAGAUAAAUACACCUGUUCAGCAGCCGCCACCCCAUCGGUUUUCUCAAAGAGAUACAUAUGGAAACGAAGCACAAUUUCAUCCGGCUCCUGCGAAGGAAAUUGCUCCGGAUGAUUUCAAUCGAUCUUGGAGAGACGAGCGUGGUAACAGGGAGUUAUACAAUUCUCACAGCGGGCGCUACGAGCCUGUUAAUGAGACUCGCCGUGGUUCCUUCAGGGAUGGCUACCGGAAUCAACCUGCGGUCCUGCAACGGCCUGCACAUGACGGACCAGCGGAACCCUCAGCAGCUUUCCAGACAUCAAGAACAAGCGCAGACGCACCAACCUGGGGCCGAAGACGCACGUCAUCAAAUGUUAGUGGAGGAAGUGGUGGGCGACGAUUGUCAAUAGACAGACGAGGACCCGAGAUCCCUUUACCUCCGUUAAAUGUACAGCGACGUGGCUCACACUCAAUCAAUGGUGCCGAUGGUUUGAGCCCAAUACCUCGCCAUGCCUUUCCGGCAGUACCCGAACAACCUCUCGUCUCACCACAAAAGUCAUCACCAAAUUUAUCCAUCGCACAGCCUACGUCGCCUUAUGGAUCCGUGGGUUCAUUCGGCGCUCAAGAUGGUACAGCACCAGCUCCUGCCGUCCAAACAGAGGAUCCCGUGGAGGUACAAAACCGGCUGAUGCGGGAGAAGUUGGAGAGAGCUAGGCUCGCAAAGCAGAAGCAAUUGGAGCAGGAGCAGAAGGAAGAGGCAGAACGGAAGGAGCGACUUCGUAAGAAACUCGAAAAUCUAGGCCACACCGAAGACACCAAGGCAAAGGGCAACGAAAGGUCACCAUCACAAGCUGCAGAGAGAUCACCGCAGAAAGGCAAAGCAGUGCCUGUUCCCGUUCACUCACCUCCAAAACCACCGGUUCCUACCUCUGAAGGUGAAAUCGCACAGUAUGGCAUGAUGAAGGUUCACCAGCCUCAUCCUGUGAAGAAGCAACAUGCGGCCGAUAUGCCGGCGGGGAAGCCAAUGAAGGGUGCAGACGCAGUCCCGAAACCAAGUCCUUCACCUAACAAACAGAUCGCCGACCUUCACUCCAAGGCAGCCACCCCUCCAAACGGUGAAUUCUUCACUGAACCUCAUGCACAAUCAGCGAAUACCCUCGGUCGAGACAAUAGACACAAUAAGGUGCCUCUAGAACAAUCGCAGACGCAAACGCAAAUGCAACAACCAGAGGGCGAGGCACGUGCGCAGGUGCUCAAAUCAAGCCAACCUCCCCAGGCGGCCUGGGCUGCACCUUCACUUCAACAACCUCGACCUUGGUCUACCGUUUGGGGUCCACCACAAACAAAAGACCGAGCACUUGGAAACGGUAUCUUCGAUUCGAGUUACAGAGCCCAACAUUCGAGCACGCAACAUCUCGCAUCACCUCCCAACCCGAGUCAGAGUUCCUCUUUGAACCUAAACUCUCAGCUAAAGCCCACGCCUUCCUCACAGACUCACUUGGCUACGGGACAGCCCUUCGCUCAAUCAAAUAUGUUCUCCAAACCUGAUCACGCUGCUCCUCCGCAGGUCGGUGGUGGCCACAAGCCAGGUCCUAUUGCUCCUCCCAUCGAUAAAGGCUGGGGCAACUUCGCUGCAGCCAUCAAGCAAGAUGACCGGGCACACAUCGAAAAAGCACGACAAGAGCACGACCGUAUGGGUGGUGAGGCCUACAGACCGGACAUGUCGGAAACCUAUCAGAGCCGAAAGAACAGGGUACAGGCCACACUUCAUGACAACGCCGCUGGUCACCGCUUCCCCAAGGGCGACACAAAGCCUGAGUUGCCGCAGGGCCUUUCAGAGUUGAAGCCUAAGGACGACCUCAUGAAGGCUACGAUCGAAGUGACCCUUCCACAGCAGACCAGUGGCCAGAGUGGUCCGUCCCAACAGGCCGGUGCGCGCCCGUCUCGAUUCUUCCCCAGGCCGACUGAACCUGCCGUGCAGGCGAUCUCGGCUUUCGUUGAUCCAGACUCACCCCCACCACCCGAGACUGAGCAGCACCCUGCCUUCACUGGAGACAGCACCAAUCCAGUGGUUAAGAUGCCUCGGCCUUCUCCAAGAGUGCGUCUCCCUCCAGCUGCUAUUGCUGAAUCCACAACCUCAGCCGAUGCUGCAGUUAGUAUGCCCAGGUCCCGUUUAGGUGCACGCCCACUUGCACUCAAUCCCGAAUGGCAGGCAAGGUUUAACAGUCUUCUUGAUAAGGGUAGCAAUUCCUCCCAACUUGUUGCUUCUGGUCAUUCGCCCACACUCCAAGCGGCUAUUCCCGUGAAGCCCAGCGCAUUGGCCAUUGCGGCUUCCUCCAAGGCCCCACUCGAGGUUCGUGGUAAUGUGGCUGCUGCCACCGUUUCGCUGCCCAGAAGGACUUUCUCGGACGACAACAGCAGCGAGAAAACGUCGCGUACGAGUGCUGAGGCUGCACUGCUCGAGGAGCGUGAAUUCGGAUCACUUCCCAUUGUGAAGCCGCCGAAGGUUCCCCACCUGGCUUCCCAUGAGCCGCCCGCAGGGUUCCCACCCAACGGUCGACCAAACUCGAAGUUCCAGCGCCCAAUGGACAUCACAACCAAGCCUAUCCUCAACAUUCUUGAUUACGAGCAGAACGCGGAAGGUAUUGAGGUUAAGGUUCGCCUCGGAAACAUGACUAGUCCCGUUACAAAAUUUGUGGCAAGGAAGCGUGGCAAUAGUAGCCGCAAGAGUUCCGGUCAAAAAGGACCUAAGCGCACCACGAAUGCCAGCACAAAUCCAUCCAGCUCCAGUCAGACCCAGCGUGCGCGUAAGCCGUCGAAUUUUCAGAGGGAGAAUUCCAACUCGAACAACACCUCCCGAUCUUCUGGUAACAGUGGAUGGAACAGUAAUCGGUCGACCCCACCGCAUAGCAGCUCUACUUGGACCAGGCGCGCCGCACCUGUCCACUGAUCGGCAUAUGUUUGUGCUCCAGCUCCAAACUGGGCACCCACUCGUUCGCAAUUGAGGCGCUGUAACAUCAGUCUUUAUCGGUCAUCGUCUCUAGCUUCAUCUCUAUGCCUCGAGGGACACGAAGAAGCAGAGCCCGGAGUGCAUUGGUCUGUGUU